AAAAUGAAAGACAGCCGUACAGAGUGCCCUAGAGGGUGUGCAGCCCCCAGGACUCCUGUGCUCCGCCGUGGGGAGGGCAGCCUGGCACAGUCUCUUGGGCAUUUUCCCCUGAAACUGAACAUUCUUCCCUCCCGCAUCCCAGCAAUUCUGCCCCUGGGCAUAUUCCCAAGAGAACGCACUGAAUCCGUGAACCGGGGGCCGUAGCACUAUUCCGAUGAGCCCCGUGCUGGAAGUGACCCCAAGGCCAUCAACAGCAGGCAGGAUGAGUAAAUAGUGACACAGUCACACGAACACCACACAGCAGCGAGAAAGAACGGACCGCCACCCCCCACGGCCACCUGGAUCAAUCUCAAGACAUAACCUCGAGAGACAGAGGCCCGACACAAAUGAGCGAGACAGUGGCCAGCUCCAUGCAUUCCUCCCGCUACCCGAGCCCGGCCGAGCUGGACGCCUACGCCGAGAAGGUGGCCAACAGCCCGCUCUCCAUCAAGAUCUUUCCCACCAACAUCCGUGUGCCCCAGCACAAGCAUCUCAGCCGCACCGUCAACGGCUAUGACACCAGCGGCCAGCGCUACAGCCCCUACCCGCAGCACAGCGCCGGCUACCAGGGCCUGCUGGCCAUCGUCAAGGCCGCCGUCUCCGCCUCUGGGGUGUCCGCGCCCGCUGGGCCCGCCAAGAGCGUGCUCAAGAGCGCCGAGGGCAAGCGGACCAAGCUGUCGCCGGCCGCCGUGCAGGUGGGCAUCGCGCCCUACCCCGCACCCAGCACGCUGGGGCCGCUGGCCUACCCCAAGCCGCCUGAGGCGCCCGCCCCGCCACCCGGCCUGCCCGCGGCCGCCCCCGCCGCCUCGGUCAUCCCCCUGCCCGGCCGCGGCCUGCCCCUGCCACCCUCCAACCUGCCCUCCAUCCACAGCCUCCUCUACCAGCUCAACCAGCAGUGCCAGGCCCCGGGCGCCGUGCCCCCCGCCUGCCAGGGCGUGGCCAUCCCCCACCCCAGCCCGGCCAAGCACGGCCCGGUGCCCAGCUUCCCCAGCAUGGCCUACGCGGCCCCCGGCGGCCUGCCUGACUGCCGGAAGGGCCCCGAGCUGGGCCAGGGCAGCACACCGGCCUUGACGUUGGCCGGCGCCACCAAGCCUGCAGGGUACGCGGACGGUGGCCUGGAUUACCUGCUGUGGCCGCAGAAGCCGCCCCCACCGCCGCCCCAGCCGCUUCGGGCCUACAGCGGGGGCACGGUGGCCAGCAAGUCCCCCGAGGCCUGCGGGGGGCGGGCGUACGAGCGGGCCAGCGGGUCGCCCCUCAACUGUGGCGUGGGGCUGCCCGCCAGCUUCACUGUGGGCCAGUACUUCACCGCCCCCUGGAACAGCGUGCUGGUGACUCCCACCAGCGACUGCUACAACCCCGCGGCGGCGGCAGUGGCGGUCACCGAGCUGGGGCCCGGGGCGGCCCGGGAGCUGGCGGGGCCCCCCGCAGAGGCCCUCUCAGGCCUGCCCAGCAAGGGCAUGUGCAACACGGCGGUGCUCAGCAGCAGCCUGCAGUCGUUGGAGUGUCUCAUCAGUGACAUCCGGCCGGCCUGCAUCAAGGAGCAGAUGCUGGGCAAGGGCUACGAGGCGGUGGCCGUGCCCCGGCUGCUCGACCACCAGCACGCCCACAUCCGCCUGCCCGUCUACAGAUAAGGCCUGCCCGACGGACAGAUGGACCGGGUGCUGAGGAGGGGCAGGCCACAGAACAGGGUGGGCGGCACAAGGGGCACCCAGCCCUGCCCCGAGUCCGGGUGCCCACUGAUGCCCGCAGGGAAGCCAGGCCAGCCGCUGCCAUGCGGCCACUCGUCAGGGAGGGGCAAGGCGACCUGGCUCACCAAGGCCCCUCCCCCUCAUCAGCUGCCCCAGGACACAGGGAGGCCCCGGGGCAGCCACUGAUGUCCACGCCUCCCUUCAUCCGAGCUGGCAGAGGCCGCGAGAGAGAAACCACUUAGAAACAGGAAUCAUUCUUUGUGGCUCUCCAGGAGAGGGGCUCAGGCGGGGGUGGGGGGAUGUGGGAGGAGGUGUGGGGGGGGGGGGGCCUAUAGGACAUCACUGGGCUCACAGUGUCCCCCACUGGCCAAUCUGGGUGAAGACAACUCUAUUUGAGGCUCCAGGGACCUGCAGUCCCCCUGCUCCUCCUCCUCCAGACUCUCCUUCCCCUCCCCCCAUUCCAUCCCAACACAGAAAAAUCGCACCCCCAUCCCCGUUCUCCAAACCCUGGACUACCACCUUCCUCCUUCCCUCUAGUACAUCUAACAGGGCUGCUGGGCACAGUUGUGCAGACUGUGCACUGCACAAGGGCACCUCGUCCAAGGAGACACCACUUGCAUCCUAGACUUGUAUAUUUAUUAUGGCAAUUUUCCGAAUCCUGAGGAAGGGGUGCCACUUUCCUAUUCGCACAAAGGCACCACAGGGGCUAACAAUGGGCCUGCCAUCCUAGACCCCAUCCGAGGGACCCUACCCUUCCUUCUUCAGGGGUUCUCCUAGGAGCCAGUGAGGAGGCAAUCUACUGGGUUUACUUGGGAGACCCCAUCUAACUCCUUUCCUGCGAGCCGCCCGAAGGCCCAUCCCACACCCUCGACGCGCGGGAAGGCAGGCAGGGUCCCCCCACUGAGCCCCCGAGUCCCGGCCCCUCUGGCGCUCCGGAAGCGGUACUGUAUCUUUCUCCAAGGCCUGUUCAAGCACUAAGUGCAUUUACAAAUCUCUGAGAAUGUUUUUUUUUAUACUAAAAUUGACCAUUAUAUUCUACUGUGAGAAGUGCAGUCUGCACUAUAUUGUUUUAAAAACGAAGAGAAAGAAAAAAAAGGCAAACAGGCGGUGCCUCGGCUGUGGGCUCGUUGGCA